CUCGGCCUGCCGCGUCGAGAAAAAAUAUAAAUAGCGGAACCCGCCGUCGUCAGCUGCCGUCCGGUUAUCAUUUCUUCCUCUUACCGUCCCCAAUUCGGAUUCCAAUUGGAGCGGGAAACAUCUUUUACAGCCAUGAAAUCGUCGAAGCAAGCGGCGGCAAAGGCGGAUAACAGCGGAGGCGUAUCCGCUCGCGUGCAGACUCUCCACCAGCGUCUCCACAGCGCUCUCGGCCUCGGCACUAGAUUUCACGACGGUAAAGGAUGGAAGUGGAAGACGACAGACAUCGAGAUACAGCGACACGUCCUUCGUUCGAUUUCUUCGUUCCUCGAUAGCGUGACGCCGGAUAUUUCUCGCCAUAGUGUAGUGAAGGUCGGGUUUCUGGACUCAGUGGCCGAUAUUGUUGGAGCGAUGGUGUGGAUUCUUCAGUACAAAAGUCAAGCUGCCGUGAGCGUAGCUGCAAAUGUUGUAUUGAAGUUGAUGAACGCAAUCCCUAAGUCGAUCAUGAGGCCGUAUUUGUUAGAUCUGGUUCGUCCUUUGUUGUCUUUGUUGUGUGGAUACUCUUUAGAAGUGUUGACUUCAUGCGCCAUCGCCUUGAACAUGAUCCUCUCUCGCUUGACCGUGAAAGAGGAUCCAAUGGUUUGGGAGAUGCUGAAUGAUUCAAACUCUGUUCAUAGCCUUGUGAAUAGUUUAUCUGAUGUUCCUGGUAGUGGUGAUGUUGCGAGUAUGGAGUGUUUCCUGGAGAUGGUUUCUCUGUUGAGUACAAUACUGCAUCGGUGGCCUCGAUCUCGGUAUUGUGUUUGGAGCAAUGUCAAAUUCAUGGAGGUUUUGGGGAUUAUGAUCCAGAGGCCUGAAUUUUCUGUUAAGAUUGUUGUGAUGAAGUUAUAUGCUGGAGUAGCUUUGUGUGGUAAUGGUGCCAAGAAGCUUCUACAGAAGGAAGAAGUUCUCGGGGUGAUGGUUUCCUGUAUGGACAAGACAUGCCCCAUUUCGUUGCGCUUAGAAGGGUUUAGACUUGCAAGAUGUUUGGCGACAAAUAAAGAGGGAUACUUAACAAUGGCGAGCUUGUUCUGUGAACCCAUUGUUAAAGCUAUAGUUGAUGGGAUGAGCGGAUGGUCAUUGAAUUCGAGGAAGAUGGAUGAUGAUCAACUAUCUUUGUUGGUUGAAGCUUGUCAACUGGCUUGCAUAGUCCGUUGGGCAGGGGAGCAUCAUAACUAUUUUUGGAAACAUGAUAUAUGUUACGUCCUCCUUCGUCUUCUUUCAGAAAAUCUUAGUGAUGCUUCUUCUCAAGGUUUCUUAUUGUUGGAGGAACAAAUUCCUGUUGCCAAAGAAGCUCUCAAGGCUGAUUUUCUCAUUACUAUUAGGCCUUAUAUUUGGGAUAUUCUAGGAUGGCUUGCGGCUCAAUGUACGAACGGUAUAAACCAUGAACUGUCUAGCCAUGAAGGUCACAUCAACAUCCUCAUAACAUUUGCAUGCUUGUCUUUUGUGGACUCUAUUCAGAAAGGCGGUAUAAUAGUAAAUGAUGUCACUGAAACUUCGGAAGGUGGAUCUGCUACAAGGGCAGUUCUGAUGAUGAUAUAUUCUCCGUGCAAGUACUUCGAGUCAAAGGCUAAACAAACAUUGUCUGAAAUUCUAAAGCAUGGUGGAAAGGAUUAUCUGAAACAGAUUUUACGUUAUCUAAGUCUUAUAUCUUCCAGGAAAGUUUUUGGCUCGCCUGACGUACACGCAGCAGGUGUCAACUUGAUGGCUGCGACAUGUUACUCCGGUCUGCCACUGUAUCAAAGCCCUAUGAUUAAAAGUGGAGGAGUAACUGUUCUAAUGGCUUUUAUAGGAUGGUGCAUGAAACACGAUGUUCAUGUCAAAGGACUGGGCCUUGUUCAUCAUGGUCUGAUCUCUAAGAGACUUUGUUGUUGGGAGGAUAAAGAAGACUGGGAAGGUGAUGAAAUGCUUCUAUUGUGUGGCUUGUGGGGACUAGCAGAACUCUUGUUCUCUGAAUUUGUUCUGAAUGCGGAUGUAUCUUAUGGAAAUAUGGGUCUCACAGAAGCUGAAUUUGUUGGAACUCUUAAAGAUAUAUGUAUGUCUUCUAGUUCUCCUGGACUGAAGUGGUACAGUGCACACAUGCUUAGUUACUUUGGGCUAUAUGGUUUCCCUUGUAAACUUGGGCAAUGUAUUGGGAGAGCGUUGCAUGAAAAUGAAGAUGGGGAUAUGCAAGUCAUUCUAAGAAGCGGGCAGAGUUCGAGGGUGCACCGUGUUAUUCUUUCUAUCAGGUGUCCAUCAUUGUUGCCUCCUCGGAAAUCAAGCUUGCAAAAGCAGGAAGUGGAGUCGGGUAAGGAAAUUCACUUGUCUUCACAUGUUGGAAAUGAAGAAUUGGCCAAACUUUUGGAAUAUGUGUACUUGGGAUAUACUCGCCCAGAAGAAGAACAUGUGAAGAAAUUGAAGAUUCUUGCAAAACAUUGUGGUCUCCAACCCCUAUCAAUGGUUCUGAGCAGAAGCCGUCCAAAUUGGGGAUCCCCUUUCCCCUCUUAUGAUCUUUCUGUCGCUCUUACUUCGGCUGGUCAAAUGUUCUCGGACAUUAUACUGGAGGCUAAAGAAAAUGUAUCAAGUAGCUGGGAAUGCACAUUCUGCUCCGUAUCCCGACCCCAUGUACACGCUCAUAAAGUUGUGCUGGGUUCAAGGUGUGAUUACCUAAGGGCCCUUUUUCAAUCUGGCAUGCAAGAAAGUCAUUCCAACACCGUAAAAGUGCCUGUUAGCUGGGACACCUUGAAUAAGUUAGUGCAUUGGUUUUACACGGAAGAGCUGCCUAAUCCUCCAACUGGAUGUCCAUGGCUCAACAUGGGAACAGAGGAAAAGCUGCAAGCCGUCCAACCAUAUCUCGAACUCUGCUGGAUUUCUGAUUUCUGGUUUUUGGAGACAGUAGGAGACAUAUGCUACAGAGUGGUAGUGUCUCAUAUGGAGGACUCGGACGCGAGUUUAUCCCUUAAACUGCUCCAGCUUGCUGCAAACUUGUCGCUGUGGAAACUAGCUGAAGUAGCCGCUGAUCGUCUGGCUCUUGCAUAUCGCCAGUUAUGCCAGUCUGGGGAUCUUGAAUUGUUGGAUGAAGGUCUGGCCGAAAUGAUUCGUGCUGCUUCUGUUAGGAUCUCUCAAUCGCUUUAA